GAAGGUUGAUUUUAGGGGCCUAACGAGUGGUCGAAUGGGGACUUGGAGAUGCCGCCAUUUCUGAGCGGGCGUUUCUGGCGCGCGGUGUUCACGCGGACCCGCGGCGAAAGGCUCUGGGCAGGGCACCGCCGGACCUCGGGCGGUCCGGGUUGCAGGUGGGACGCUCUCGCCGGAGCGGACGUGCUGCGAGCCGAGCCGGACAGAUUCGGGGGCAUCUCGGUGCCUCUGGAGCGGUUUCGCGCACUGGACCGCCUGGACGCCGCCUCUUUCCAGAAGGUCUUGCAGGCUGCAAUACAGCAAUGGAGGUCAGAAGGUAGGAUAGCGGUAUGGCUGCACAUUCCCAUCCUCCAAAGCCAAUUUAUUGCCCCUGCUGCUUCCCUGGGUUUCUGCUUUCACCAUGCAGAGUCGGAUUCAUCCACACUGACACUGUGGCUGGGAGAAGGACCCAGCAGAUUACCAGGAUAUGCGACACAUCAAGUAGGAGUUGCAGGAGCUGUAUUUGAUGAAAAUACUAGAAAAAUAUUAGUUGUACAAGAUCGAAAUAAAUUGAAAAAUAUGUGGAAGUUCCCAGGAGGCCUGUCAGAGCCUGGAGAAGAUAUCGGAGACACAGCAGUUCGAGAAGUUUUUGAAGAGACUGGUAUAAAAUCAGAAUUCAGGUCCCUUCUGAGCAUUCGGCAACAGCACACCAAUCCCGGAGCUUUUGGGAAGUCAGAUAUGUAUAUCAUCUGUCGCUUAAAGCCAUAUUCAUUCACCAUAAAUUUUUGCCAGCGUGAAUGCUUAAGGUGUGAGUGGAUGGAUCUCCAUGACCUGGUCAAGACUGAAAACACAACUCCCAUCACCAGCAGAGUUGCUAGGCUGCUUCUCUACGGGUACAGAGAAGGGUUUGACAAGAUUGAUUUCACCGUGGAAGAACUUCCAGCAGUUUACACAGGCUUGUUCUAUAAACUGUAUCAUAAGGAACUGCCAGAGAAUUAUAGAACUAUGAUAGGAAUGGAUUAAAUCCAUAUUUGUGUUUUUAAAAAUGUUAAGUAAAUUGUACAUGUAGGAUAAUGUGUACCAUAUUAUAUGAAGUGGUGGACAUUUGGGGUUAACUAAUAUCUGACUUUAAUUUCCCAAUUUUGUAUAAUUUCCAUGAAGAAAAUUUGUUUUUAAAAGCCUCUUUCCAAAUGAAGCAAAUGUAUGACAAAGAGUGUAGCUCUAAAUAAGCUUCACUGGAUAAAGGGAAAUGCUAUAUAAAAGGUGGAAGUCUAUACUUUUUCUAGGAACUUUUAUUGCUUUUCUUUACUAAGGCAAUGGUUAAAUAUUUAGUAUUAGAUAAAAGGUUAUCUGACCAUUUAUCCAAACUGAGCAGCUAGCUGUACAUUUUUUUCUUUCACUAACAAAUUUCUAAAACAUCUUCUUUCAUAUGAAAUGAGAUCAGAUGCUGCUAUUAAGAUCAGCUCUUAGCAGACAUUGGAAGAAAAAGUAUAGCUUUCUGCCCAGGUCCUGUUUUGGGUCCAAGUUUAUACUGCCCAGUUCGUUUCAGUGCCACAUACCAGCUGGAGUAUUUCCUUGACCGAUAAGUAUUGUAGUUAUUAGAUUCCAAUCGUUCAAAAAAGAAACACUCGUCCGUAACACAUUUCUGAAAAACAAAGGAAGAAUGAGUAGUUGUUAUUAUGCUUUCACAUGAAACACUUACGAGAGUGCACUGCCCCUUCUGCUCAACCAGCAGCAGUGCUCUUGGCUUCAGAACAAACUAGUUUGCAAGACUCAAUGGGCCAAAGUCUGACAGAAUCUAGCUCUGCAGAGGGAUGCAGGACAAGAACUCAGCACGUCAGCAGGAGAGCUUUCAGGCACAUCUCUUCAGAGGAGGAAUUCAGGGACCUUUCUCCAGCCCUACAAUGGACAGGUUGGGUAUCAGGCAGCGAGAGCACACAGAUGCUGUCAGAACCACACUGCCUCAGACUUAAGCCAUCCCAUGAACAUAGCUUUCAUGAAGGGGGAUAUACCCAGUAACAAAGAACACACUUCACUUAGUGAAACCCAAAGCUGUGGCUUCCAGUUAGGUAUGUAUGGCACAUCCAUACUCCUCCCAGUCCAGAGGCUGGUGACUAAUCAGGGGUCGUUUUUACUUAUACCAGGGUUCCCCUGAAACUGCUGGAAGGGUAACCCAGAGAUACCUUCGUAAAGAAGAAGGCUUUGUUAAUUAAUACUUUACUCACAGAAACAGUACCAAUUCUUAAAUUACAGCAAUUUUUUUCUAGUGGCUAACAUUUUUUUUUUUUUUCAACGUUUAUUUUUUGGGGACAGACAGAGACAGAGCAUGAACGGGGGAGGGGCAGAGAGAGAGGGAGACACAGAACCGGAAACAGGCUCCAGGCUCUGAGCCAUCAGCCCAGAGCCUGACGCGGGGCUCGAACUCCCGGACCGCGAGAUCGUGACCUGGCUGAAGUCGGACGCUUAACCGACUGCGCCACCCAGGCGCCCCAUCUAGUGGCUAACAUUUCUAAGGCAUAAAAAGAAUAGUUUAUUAUAUAGAAUAUAGCUAAUGUAUAUAUAAUGCCAAAAAAUUGUAUUAGAACAUUAAUAUAUGAUUAAUAUUCCCAAAACACUAACAGAGAAUGAAGAAUAAGUAACAUAGACCAUA